UCCUGUCGUCACGCGUUUUGUCUGCCGCUAUCACGCCAACAUCCACCGUCAACAGCUAUCGUCAUAUUUCAGAGAUUAAUUGAGCUGUAGUCUCAUAUUUCAACUUGAAUGUUUCGUUAAAAAAAACUACCGUCAAAUUUGCAUUGUCGUUGCAAGAAGUUCAGACUCGACUGUCUUGUGUGGCAAAUGGAGCCCGACACGCCGCCAACCGCAGCGAUCGCGGCCGUCACAGCUGCCAAGCUGUCGGAGCGCAAGCGCCUUAAGCACCGGGAAUACGUCAAGAAAUCGUACAAGAAGAAACUCACAACGCUCGAGAAUCUCCGACGUGAGCUGGACGUGCUGGAUAAGCAAUACGCGGCCCUGCUGAUAUCGGGAAGCGGAAACAGCCAACAGAGCGAUAAGGACAGCUCCACUGGACCUCAGACACCAACGAUGCAAAAGUACCUACAGGCCACGGAGCUUAAGAAAGUGUAUCAGCAAGAGAAUGGUCGACUGUACCAGCUCAAUGCGUAUCACAUGAAAAUCGAGAGCCGUAUGGGUCAGUUGCUGGACGCCUAUGAGGCAGCCAAAGUACCGCUGCCUGGAAUCUCCACGGCUCGCCAGUACCGUAUUCGCCCCCUACCGACUCCAGCCUACACUAAGGUUAUCAAUGAUGCAACAAACGACGUACUGCGCUUCGCUCGUAGUCCGGAGAAACUCAGCACUGGUGCUCGUGUAUUGGGGUGGAUGGAUCAACGUGAGGUUCACGAACACACCCUCAAGUUUGCCUUACAGAAGGAGUUUGGUCUCUCCCCUCGAGACUUGCUACAACGGAGCUGGGAAAUAUUCUCUAAUCCAGACGAGUUCUCGAAAAUUUACGGCUCUGCUUUGGAUGUCCGGUUCCAUGCACUACAGCAUAUCGACGCUGAUACGAUACUCUUUUACCGGCACAUUACUACACCAGCAGACAGCACCCGAGUAGUCAAAACAGUCUUCUUGCUUGCCAGGAGACAGAUUGAAGAGGGUUAUCUGCUUCUCUUUCGGUCUAUCGAUAAGGAUCUUGUGCACUUCGAAGAGGUGGACGUCGGCGGCGUACCAGAAGUCCAUGUUGACGCCACUACAGCGCUCGAGUUGGCAUCGUCCGAGAUGUGGAUCGAAAAGUACAUUUGGGUUUUAUUUUAUAACGUACCGAAGGAACCCAAGAAGUGUCUGUUUCACUUUGGCGGGACUGCCACCACCACUCUCUGGCUACGCGAAGUCCUGUUCAUUGCGGUUCGAUGGGAGAGCAUGGCUGUAGGUUCACAGUUCACACUCACAGCAGAGUGAGCGGGAUCUUGUGAGUUUUUGUAUUUUUGCGAGUGCAGUAGGCAAGCAAACAGUACCUACCUAAAUAUUAAAUACUGACGCGUUGAAUUCAUCUCGUU